UAGAGCUUCCUCACACAAAAAUGUUAAGCUGGUAUUUGUGGGCGAGGGCAGGAACGGGUGUGGGAGAGUGUGUGAGAGUGUGAGAGAGAGAGAGAGGGGGGGAGGCAGGGACACACACACACACAGGAAACGCCUUUCUACCACAACAAAAACGACGCCAUAGUAGACAUUACGACGGUGCUCACACUGUGGGUGAUGGACGCCUCUGCCUGCUCCUGCUUCCCUCCCCGCACCCUCAGAUGUACAAGUACUGGUACUGAUGUAUCGUAUACAGUGCAAAAUUGAGUGGUAACAUCACAUAUCAAUUUUAGAAAACUUAUGGUCACUUAAACCUUUUUGGUAAAAUAUCCAAUCAUGGAAGUGGCACCGCCUCAAUACCCAGGCAGAACUCAUACAGCGAGUCAGACUGUUCCAGAACAUCAGCUGCAGCCGCAACAACCACAGCAGCAACAACAACCGCAACAGCAGCAGGAACAGCAGCAGCAGCAGCAACAGCAAAUCAUUCCCCAAAUUGGAAUGUGGUUGCAAGCAACUGAGAAACCUUACGAAUGUGACGAAUGUAGUAAACGUUUUGCCCAAGAGAGUCAUCUCAAUAAUCACAUAGUAUGGCAUCGAAAAGUAAAAAGGUUCGAGUGUGAGUUGUGUAAGAAACGGUUUACUAUGGAAAGUCAUCUUGACAGCCAUAUGAUUGUCCAUAGUGCUGAGAAAAACUUUAAGUGUGAAAUGUGCGAUAAAAGAUUCACCAUGGAAAGCCACCUAAAUGGUCAUAUGCUUGUUCAUAGUCAAAUAAAGAAAUUUGAAUGUGAAUUAUGCAACAAAAGAUUCACUAUGGAAACACAUCUCAGAAGUCACAUGCUCACUCAUGUAAAGGAGAAAAGAUUUGAAUGUGAAAAAUGUGGGAAACGAUUUCUACAGAAAAGUCACCUAAAUAGCCAUAUGAAUGCACAUAAUGUAGUGAAAAAUUUUGAAUGUGAAGUAUGUGGUAAAAGAUUUGCAUUAGAAAUUCAUUUGAACAGUCAUCAUCUUAUACAUACAAUGGAAAAAAAGUUUGAAUGUGCUGUGUGUAGCAAAAGAUUUACAAUGGAAAUUCAUCUUAAUAGCCACAUGCUUGUACACAGUGUAGAGAAAAAGUUUGAGUGUGUCAUUUGUGGAAAAAGAUUCUCAAUGGAAAGUCAUCUCAAUAGCCAUAUGGUUGUUCAUAGUGAGAAAAGAUUUGAGUGUGAGGUUUGUGGCAAGCGAUAUACACGAAAGAGUCAUCUAAACAGCCAUAGGUUUGUGCACAGUGAAGAGAAAAGGUUCGAAUGUGAGGUGUGUAGGAAAAAGUUCUCCCAAAGAAGCCAUCUGAGCAGCCAUCGAGUUGUACACACAGAGGAGAAAAGGUUUGAGUGUGAAGAAUGUGGUAAACGCUUCAUUCAGGAAAUACAUCUAAAUAGUCACAUGUACGUACACAGUGCUGAAAAAAAAUUUGAGCGACAGGAAUGGGCAACAAAUAGAGUGCCUCAAGAAAAUCAUGUCAAUGGGCACAAGUUUAUCCACAACGACAUGAAAAGAUUUGAAUGUGAUGAUUGUGGAAAGAGAUUUUCUAUGGAAAGUCAUCUGAACAGCCACAGAUUUGUACACACUCAGGAAAAAAGCUAUGGAUGUGGUGAAUGUGGGAAAAGAUUCAGACAAGAAAUCCAUCUUACUAGUCACCAGUUUGUACACAGCGAAAAGAAAAGAUUCGAGUGUCCAGAAUGUGGGAAAAGAUUUACACAGGAAAGUCAUCUGAACAGCCACAGGUUUGUUCAUAGUGAGAGAAAGGGUAUUGAUUAUGUCGAGUAUGUGAAACAGGCACCUGUAGUCAUUCCCCAGAAGAUUCACCAUAAUGGUCAUAACAGCCAUGUGAUCAUGCCCACUGAAAAGAAAACAUUUGAUUAUCAAGAAACUACAAAAAUGUUUCCCCAGCAACCAUAUCAACCACCACAUGCUUAUGCCCAGUGGGAACAGGUUCGGACUUUGUGGUCAUUGUAGCCACAGGCCAAUGUAAAAAAGCCUCCAGACUCCUAACUCGAGUGGUGAAAUUAAUAUCAUGUUCCUGAUGACAAUUGAAAAAGUGGUGAAAUUCCAUUUGCAGUCUCAUUAAGUUCUCAGAGGAGAACUUUAUCCUUAUGCAGGAGCCUUAACAUCAUAUACAUAUAUGCAUUAGUUUAUUUCAGUUAUGUUUUGAGUUCAUUACCUGAAAUAACUUGCAGUAAUUUUGUAUUACUGUACAGUAUUGCCAAUUUUUAUUUUUUUAAAUUUGACUAUUGUUUUAACUAUUAAGAAACUAAAUAUUCAUGUACAGUGUAUGUACCAGAUGUGUAUCUUGUAAGAAAAGUAUGUUCUGGGCAGAAUUAAAUAUUCUCAGUCCAAUUCCCUUUUCCACAUAAAAUUGUUGUUUAGCAAUACAUACAGAAGUUUUGAGUUAAUGCCUGAAUAUAAUACAUACACACACAUACACACGACAGUUGACAGCUGGGCCGAAAGAGCAGAAUUCAACCCUCACAAGCACCGCUAGGUGAAUACACACACACACACACACACACACACACACACACACACCAGGGAUAUACAUAAAACGUAUAUAUCUAUAGUGUGUGUAAUUAUUUAUAUAAAUAAUUUAGUGUUAUCCCGCCAAACACAUACCGAAACUACGACGUUGGUACAACGUUCGAACAAGUUUUAACACCUAACCAGUUACAACAACCAAUAUAGCAAGUUGUAAAAACGUUCUAAUACGUCAUAAACACAUUAAGCCAAGAUGUAACAACUUUAUUACAAGUUGUAACAAGCGGAAAAUAGAGACAGUUUUGGUUUGUGUUUCCAGGGAUUACACGUGCAUACUUACGUACAUGUACAGACGAGUCUACCUAAUUCACACAGUUUGGGAUGAGCCAUUGUGUCAUUAUAGAUAAUUUGCAAAUGAGGAUUAUCAUACACCCAGGAUUUAUAGGUACUAGUAGAACAUUGUCUACAUUGCAUUUUUUGUACUGUAUACUGUUCUUUAUAUAUUUUUGAAAAUAUAUGUAGUGGUCUACUCACAAAAAUGCAAUACAGUAUACUAUUGCUAAUUAAAUAUCAAAUACUUGGAACUACAAGAUUAUUGGUGAAGUAUAAGUGUCCAGUUAUUUCUUAUGAACACUAGAGGGAGUGAUUCUGUAACAGAAUCAUAUAAAUGCAUUAUUUAGCAGGAGUCAGUGGAGGAAGUGGGCCCAUGAGAGAUGAGUAGGAAGCGGGCCCGUGAGAGACAGAGGGAGAAAGUGGGCCCGUGAGAAACUGGGGGGAAGAAAGUGGGCCCCUGAGAGACCGAGGGAGGGAGUGGGUGGGUUUCAUGAGAGAGGUUGCCACAUGAAUCUUGUUUGCCUUUGGUAAUUCAUUUUAAAGUUACAGUAUUUUGGGAGUGUAGUACAGAGCGAGUACAAUUACUUAGGCGUUACAGAAAAAGAGGUAAAGUAUUCUCAUGCAAUCUUGUCGUCCCCAUAAUAAUUUUUACAUGAGGUUUUGAAGCUUGUGAUGGUUUUGGCAUACAGUACUCAUUUAUCUUUAUGGGUCAUAUUAUUCUGUUUGCAAAAGAGAAUUUAUGUGUAUGUUUUGGCGCCUAAUUUUAUUUAUGACCUUUUGUUCUUAAUGUUGCAAUUUUAAAAAGUUCUUGCUUAACAAUUUUGUUGAUUCCUGUCACAGUUUUGUCUACUUUUGUCUACUAGCGAUGGCAUACUUAAUGCCACUUACCUCUCCCUACAGUUCUUGUAUUUUUAGGUCCUGGAGCCAUUUAGAAAUUAAUUUUUCAUCUGUUCUAAUUUAUUAUAUUUUUGAGAUAACCACCAUUGUGUGAGCAUUUAUUAUUAUUAUUAUUAUUAUUAUUAUUAAUGAAAUAUUUAAUACAAUCAAUUUAUUGGUGAGACAAACAUGUACCUGUGGCAAGAAGUAAGUGACAGUCCAUAAUUUAUGGAAUAUGAGAGCUUGCAGUUUUGCCAAGCAUACUUUUAGCAAACUUUAUCCAAUUUUAAUAAAUACCUGUAUAUAGUUCAGACUGUAUUGUAGGUAAUGCUAAUUAUACUCAGAACUUUUUAUAUAUUAGAAUUUUCACUAGGAUCUCUGUUGAUUGUAGACACUGUAUGUAUAUUAGGAAGACUUGUCUGUGCAUCAUGUCGAGACACAUUGGGAAUUAACCUAAAUAUGCAGCGCAAUAUUGUUUUAUCAGAAUAUCUAGACUAAUAGAAGAAUGAUGAAAAAGUUUGUAGGGUACUCGCCAAGAUUAAAUACAGUACAUUGUUCUACUUUGUAUGUAAAUGUUUUGAAGGUGUUAAAUUGGCUUUUAAUUUUUGUGGUUGCAGCAGCCAUCCUGAUACUCUUCUGUCUCUCUCUUCUUCUCUACACACUUUUGCCUGUAAAGUUUCCACCCUGUCUCAUGAGUACACACUACUAUAGCCAUUCCUAUUAACCUUCCUUUAUCACUUUUGAGCAUCACAUUUAAAGAUGUUUCGCUUAGUCUUCAGAGUACGAGUUUUUUUCACUAUCUAGACAACUAGUCAUACAUAGAGACUCCCAGCAAUGCCACUUGACGUAAAUUUAAGCUUUUUGGAAAAAAUCAUCACUACACAUUUCCUACUGUCAUUGCUGCUAGUAGAAGCCUGUAUCAACAUGGUACUAUUAUUUUGAACUGAUAUGGAAGGAUGCUUCAUAUAUUUUCAUGAUAAAUUCAGGCAAGUGAAGAUAAUGAAUAUCUGAAUACCACCUAACAUCAAAACAAUACUUGAUGUGUGUGAGAAGCACUUGAGUGCCACCUUAGGGUGACCAACUGGGACAGUUGGAGUUGCCCAAUUAGCCACGUGCAUUGGCAAGCUUAACCAGAGAACAUUUGACAUACCAACCAAAAGACAAUGUUAUUCGGACAAAUCUUAACAUGGGUAGUCGAUCAAUCUGAAUAAGUGGUGUGCGAAUAUAAAAAAUAUUGUACUGUACAUGUUCAUUAUAGUAAAAUCUUCAUUCUAACAUAUACAUGCAUAUACUGUACUGUACAUGUAUUACAGUACAGUAUUCUACAAUAUAUUUGGGAAACGUUUUCAAAUGAGAGGGACAAUAAUGCAUGUAAAAUAUAAACUCAUUAUUUAUUAAAUGUGUAUCUGAUUUUGAUACAUUUUAGUUCACCAGCUCUGGAGUUGAUUAAAACUUACUGGUGAAUAAUUGAAAUGUAAACAUUUUGUAAAUAGAGGCACAGCCAUUUUUGUCCAUAUUUUUUUUUUUUUUUUUUUUUUUUUUUUUUUUUUUUUU